GUUAGUCAGUGUUGAGUCUCACAGGUUUCAGCCGGAGCGCAACGAACUGGAGUUUAACUGCUGGAAAACAGGCAAAGUCGUUCUGAGACAUAAGCCUGAUUACUUUUUCUGAGCGCUGGUUCAGGGAGAAGCAAAGAGAAAAUCCACAGCGAUCAGUUUGGGCUUGAUGAGAAAGUCAAGAAGUCCCGCUCUUGGAGACACCAGUGGAAUAUGAUUUGAAUCAAGGGAACGCGCACCACUGUUGCUCGCUUACAGGAUGAAUCUCCGCUCGCUUCAUGCCUUCCUGCUGCUGUGGGCCUGGUGCCCCAGCACGCAGAGCCAGUGUGAUAAAUCGCCCGACACCAACAAACUCAACCUCUCAAUCACUUACGAGCUCCCGACGUUCACUGCAGACUUCCCCAUCCAGAACAUGGUGACGCUGGAUGGGAUCAUCUACGUCGGGGCUGUGAACAGAAUCUACGCCCUGGCCCCGAACCUCACUAAGCUGUCGGAGUACCACACCGGGCCUCUGCUUGCGAACCAGACUUGUGGCCAGAUGCUGACCAACACAAGCCGCAGCGGUAGAGUGGACAACCACAACAUUGCCUUGGUGGUGGAGAACAUUUAUGACAAGGGCUUGUACAGCUGCGGCUCUGCAGACAAUGGCGUUUGCCGCCGUCACGUCCUGGAUGACGACAUCAGCCCGAAAACCGUAGACGAACAGGUCUACUGCUUCGCUGACAAGGUAAGGCAAGGCAAGGGCCAACCCAGCGACUCGGAUGUUGUGGUCAGCCCUUCAGGCUCUCAGGUGCUCAAUGUGGAGAGCAACGUCAUCAAGUUUUUUGUCGGGAACUCUGAGAUCCCGGGCAUCGGAAACAUAACGGGCGGCGCAACACAUCCCCAUACCAUUUCCCUGCGGAAGAUGAAGACGAGCCAAAACGGCUUCACCUUCUUCUCCGACCGCUCGUACAUGGACCUGAUUCCGUCUCUGCGUGGAAACUACUACCUGCGGUACGUUUACUCCUUCGACAGUGGACCAUUCACCUACUUCCUCACAGUGCAGCAGGUGAACAGGGACUCCCAGGCCUACCACACCCGCAUAGUCCGUAUGUGCUCCUCGGACCUUGUGAUCCGCCGUUACAUUGAGAUGCCCCUUGAAUGCAUCAGCACCGAUAAAAGGCGACGACGCACCGCGGAAGAUGUGAAUGUGUUCAACAUCCUCCAGGCGGCACACGUCACCAAGGUGGGCAGCGACGUUGAGCUGCAGAGGCAGCUGAAAGUGGAGGAAGGCGACGACGUGCUGUUCGCCGCCUUUGCCCGGGGAAAGCCGAACUCUCCGGAGCCGACCCCGAACUCAGCCGUCUGCGUCAUGUCCCUGAAACACAUCAACAACAUGUUCAAGAUGUACAUGCAGAGGUGCAGCACGAUGGACCCGUAUCACUUCACUGGAUCGGACAAGAAGUCCUGCUACAAUGUGAGUUCGUCGGACGACUGCGACCCACAUGAGGGAAUCCAUGAAGGGAAAGAGGGCAAGUACCGCCUGCAGGUGACCCAGUUUGUCCAGAGGCUGGAGUACUGGCACAAAGAGCUGACCAACACCCUGGUCACCUCUAUCAACGUGGUGCCGGUGCAUGGCCGUGCGGUGGCAUACCUGGGCACCGCCGACGGACGCCACAUUCAGGUGCUGUUCUCCAGAUUUGCGUCUCCUCAUGUGAACGUCCGUCUGGACUCGAGACCCGUCUCCGCCAGCGUGACGCUGCUGGACGCUGACCACUCGGAUGGAGCUCUGCUGAUGGCCACAGGAAACAAGAUCACUAAGGUCCCUCUGAUUGGCCCCGGCUGUGGUCAGCUGACCACCUGUACUUCCUGUUUGCUGUCGUCACGGGUGACCGAAUGUGGCUGGUGUGACGGACGCUGCACCAGAGCCGGCCAGUGUCCCUCCCCCUCCCUCUGGACGCAGGACUACUGCGCACCUGUCAUCACUAAGGUUUUCCCAACGUCUGGACCAAUACGAGGCUCUACGAUGGUGACGGUGUGCGGCCGCAACUUCGGCUUCGACAAGACGGAGAGCUUCAAGCCUUCUCUGGUGACCAUGGAGGUGGCGGGGGCUCCCUGCAGACUUUCCAGACAAGAGAGCAUCAACAGGUGGACUGAGAUUCAGUGUUCCCCAGUGUUCAGUGGGAACUUCACCCCAUCAGGACACACAGUGAAGGUCACCAGUGGCCACAAGGUAGCCAAGAUGGAGGGCUUCACCUUCGUGGACCCUGUGAUCCACGAAAUCUUCCCGACAUUCGGGCCGAAGUCUGGGAACACCAUGCUGACCAUCAGAGGAGCCUUCCUGGACACUGGAAGCAGGCGAGAGGUGACGAUAGGGAAGGCAGCCUGUAAGAUCCAGAGCUUGUCGUCGAGCAUGCUGACUUGUAAGACUCCCCCGCACGCUGUUCCCUCCAAGCAGCCCGUGAAGCUGAUGGUGGAUUGGGUGGAGCGCCACGCCCCUGUGCUGUUCACCUACAACCAGGACCCGAUCAUCAACAGCAUCCAGCCGUCGCGCUCCUUCGUCAGCGGAGGCUGCACGGUGGCGGCUCACGGCUUCUUCCUCCAGUCCGGCCUCCAGCCCCAGAUGGUCCUCACCACCGGUCAGGAUGCUGAGGUGUUUCAUGUGAGCUGCGUGUAUGGCGAGAACCGGACCUCCAUCCAGUGCACCACACCCUCUCUGGCCAAACUGGCUCUGCAGCCGCCCGUGGUCACCAAGGUGGCGUUCGUCCUGGACGGCUACUCGACGGAUCAGUGGGACCUCAUCUACGUGGAGGACCCCCUCUUCCAGGACCCCAAGCUCACCUCAAAGGACAACAAAAGCAUCGUGGAACUCAAGGGUGACCGGAUGGACAGGGAGGCGAUGAAGUGUCAGGUUCUGACCGUUUCCAACCACAGCUGUGAGAGUCUGACUCUGGUUGGAAACACGCUGGAGUGCACCGUUCCCACCGAGCUGCAGGCCGCCACCUCCAAGGAGCUGCAGGUGGAGUGGCGCCAGGCGGACUCCAUCAGGCACCUGGGCAAGGUGACGCUGGCUCAGGAGCAGGACUACACAGGCCUCAUCGUGGGCUGCGUGUGCGUCAGCCUGCUGCUGCUGCUGCUGGGAACUCUGCUCAUGUGGAGGAGAAACAAACACAUCGAUGAUCUGUCUGAGGUGUGGUAUGAUGGCCGGGGUCACAUCCAGCAUCUGGACAGGCUGGCUAACGCGAGGAGCGUCAGCCCCACUAACGAAAUGGUCUCCCACGAGUCAGUCGACUAUAGAACAACCCUGCUGGAGGAUCAGGGCACCGACAGGCCGGAGACAUGCCGGGCUGCUCCUCCCAUCUACGGGGGCAACGGCGAGCUGCUCUCUCCUCGACUGGGGGCACUGGGAGGUGGGAUGGGUCUGGGAAUGGAGGGCGAGCUGGUGUCACCCUUACUGAUGGCCCCGGUCCACAUCGACCCGUCCUGCCUCCACCCAGACCUGCUAACUGAGGUGCAGCACGUGGUGAUCGCCAGGGAGCAGCUGCUGCUCCACCUCAACCAGGUCAUCGGCAGAGGUCACUUCGGCUGUGUUUUCCACGGUACUCUGCUAGAGCCAGACGGCCAGAAGCAGCACUGCGCCGUCAAGUCCCUGAACCGCAUCACAGAUCUGGAAGAGGUGUCCCAGUUCCUGAAGGAGGGGAUCAUCAUGAAGGACUUCAGCCACCCGAACGUUCUCUCUCUGCUGGGAAUCUGCCUGCCGCCAGAGGGCUCGCCACUGGUGGUUCUGCCCUACAUGAAGCACGGCGACCUGCGCAACUUCAUCCGCGAUGAGGGACAUAACCCGACUGUGAAGGACCUGAUGGGCUUCGGACUGCAGGUGGCCAGAGGGAUGGAGUAUCUGGCCAGCAAGAAGUUUGUCCAUCGGGACCUAGCUGCCAGGAACUGCAUGUUGGAUGAGAGCUACACGGUGAAGGUGGCAGACUUCGGCCUGGCGAGAGACGUCUAUGAUAAAGAAUAUUACAGCGUCCACAACAAGAGUGGAGUCAAGCUGCCCGUCAAAUGGAUGGCUCUGGAGAGCCUGCAGACACACAAGUUCACCACCAAGUCGGACGUGUGGUCAUUUGGCGUGUUGCUAUGGGAACUGAUGACCCGUGGAGCUCCACCGUAUUCUGACGUGAACUCCUUCGACAUCACCGUGUACCUCCUGCAGGGGAGGAGGCUGCUGCAGCCCGAGUUCUGCCCCGACGCCCUCUACACGGUGAUGAUCGAGUGCUGGCACCCGAAGCCGGAGCGGCGGCCCUCCUUCUCCGAGCUGGUGUCUCGCAUCUCCGCCAUCUUCUCCAGCUUCAGCGGGGAGCACUACGUCCUCCUCAACACAACCUACGUCAACAUCGACAAGAUGAGCCCUUACCCCUCCCUCCUCGCCUCCUCCUCCACCGCCACCACCGCCUCCUCCUCUUCGUCUUCCUCUUCCGACCCCACCACCUCCUCGUCCCUGCCGACUCAGUCCCCCCUCUUUUGCCACGUGGAGCGAGACUGCUGUACCUGAGAGGGGACAAUGGAGGUGUGAAAGGCAGGCGGGAAAAGACUCAGAGAUUGAGAACGAGAGCAAGGAAGAAAGCAGUGAGGUGAUGAAGAACUACUGUAUGUACUCGCCAAACACUGGACGCUGUCUGCUGGG